AUGCGGGCUUUAUGCGGGCUUUAUGCGGGUGUUAUGCGGGUGGUAUGCGGGUGGUAUGCGGGUGGUAUGCGGGUGGUAUGCUGGUGGUAUGCGGGUGGUAUGCGGGUGGUAUGCGUCUGCUAUGCCGGUGUUUUUACAUCGAGGACGAGAGAGCGCUCAGGAGCGCCUGAAUAUGCUAUGGUCGUCUUUGCAGCCCCACAGCUCCGCGAAUAUGAGGAGCUGCGCAACGAUCCCAGCAGCUUCGAGGGCCGCGCGCGCACGGACGAAGCAGUGGUGAAAACAAGACAUCCAGGCGAUUGUUUGGGACCCAGCGCUCGGGGGAGAAUGGAUCCGAGCUUGGAGCAAUUGGACGCCGACGCUAUUCGGAAAUUUAAGGACGACCUGAGGACAAUCCGUUCCAAGACGUUUAAAGAAAGUAGCUACGUGUCUGAUGAUCUUGAUGGAGAAGAGCUCAUCACCUACCUCACAAAUACGCUGGAAGGACAAGAUGAUGGCUACUUUGCCCAUGUAGCAUCCCAGGACCCCCAAAGUUUUCAGUCAGGGGAGGAAUCGAACUAG